CGUUUCCCAUUACUUCCAGGAGAAGCAGCGGCUCACUUAUUAGGAACUUUUGAGUGCGACCUAUGGCAUACAUCUAGCAGGGUAGAAAUCUCCCUGACCAAUUUUAUUAACCCCUAACGGUGUAUGGAAAGUGCUCCUGGAUGGACCUGGGCGAAAACAGCUGGUCCAUGGUCAAGCGAGAAGUAUCCAGCAGCCCAGGGUCACCGGCUGAGCAGACCUACCUGCCCGGUGACAGCAGGAGGGACGGCCCCACCUCGGAUGAGCUGAGGACACCUCCGAGCGAGCUUGACGCACUGGGGCACCGCCGCUCCGACGGCAGAUCACUACACUCCUACGUUCACUUCGGACACCAUAACAACACCCUGACCACUACCGAGGACAUCCCGCUGUUUACGGAUUUAGACCAGGGCAGCAAACUCGUCCUCUCCAGCGGAGCGCACAAGGCGAGCUUGCUGGUGGACCCCACCGACAUGUAUCAAACACUGGCCAUCGCCGCAGCCCAAAGCCAGACUGGAUAUGAUUCCUCCUCCGGUGGUUAUAUGCACUCCAACCCCAACUCUCCCGUGUACGUGCCUAGCUCCCGGGUGGGCCCCAUGAUACCCAGCCUUUCUUAUCUGCAGGCCAGUGGCUCUGCGCAGCCCAGCCACGCCGUGUCCAGCCACUCGGUCUGGUCGCAGUCCACCCCGGAGAGCCCUUCAUACAGCACCGGGAGCCCGCACACCGCCAGCCGGUUCCACUAUCCUCCAAGUCCGCCCAUGAAUAACGGGACGCCGAGAGACACCGGCUACAGUAACACGCUGAAUGUGAGCAACAGAGACCAGUACGGCCUCUCCCGGCCCCUCAGUGGGACCUAUCCGAGUCCAUACUCUCCUUAUGUUGCACCGCAGCUCUCCCAGCUGCCCUCGCCUUGGACCGGGGGACCUUUCGAUAACACGAUGCUGCACACCUUGCAGAGUAGAGGCGCGCCCCUGAUCAGAGGACCAAACGGAGUUUCAGAUAUUCUCGACGACAUGGGGGAGAGCAGAGAGUGCGUCAACUGUGGCUCCAUCUCCACGCCGCUCUGGAGGCGCGACGGCACGGGCCACUUUCUCUGUAACGCCUGCGGCCUGUACAGCAAAAUGAAUGGGCUGAGCAGGCCAUUAAUUAAACCACAGAAACGGACGUCAACGUCCAGAAGAAUCGGCUUGUCCUGCGCUAAUUGUCAAACCAGCACGACGACUUUGUGGCGCAGAAAUGCCGAGGGAGAGCCGGUGUGUAACGCAUGUGGGCUCUACACAAAAUUACACGGGGUACCUCGGCCGCUCGCCAUGAAGAAAGAGGGAAUUCAGACAAGAAAAAGAAAACCGAAAACACUGAAUAAAACAAAGGGAUCCUCUGGAAAUAACAGCUCUAUCUCUAUGACUCCCACAUCCACCUCUUCAUCCAAUUCCGAAGAUUGCUCAAAAACCAGCUCUCCCUCUGGACAGGUGUCAGGGGUCAGUUCGUCUGUGCUGUCCAGCUCGGGGGAGGGAACAGGCUCGGGCUCAGCGGUGAAGUACCCGGCACAGGACAGCCUGUACACCAGCGUGGGCUUGACCCAGCCAUCAGAUGUAGCUUCAGUGAGGGGUGAACCCUGGUGCCCCAUGGCUUUAGCUUGAACAUCUAAAUCUUUUGGGAGGACAGCAAUCCCUGGCCCCUUCUGUCUGGAUGCUAUGUAGUGUGGAAGUAUUCGGGGGCAGUCUUUGGUUCUUUCCUCGCAGCUGAUGCAAGAAGAGUCGGACAGGGUGCAAAGAAGGGUGAGACCACCUUAGGUCACGCUGCAAGAUUGGAAUAUCUGGGAUUUCUUUCCAGAUUGGUGUGGGGAUCGUGUUGCCUUAAAAAAAAGAAAAACGAAAAACAAACAAAAAAAAAUUAAAAUAAAAUAAAGGGAAACGCCAGGCCAGAUCAUCAAUCAGGUGGCCUGCUGUGGAUAGUGUCUGGACCUGCCGUGAACUCGACAUCUCUCCCAUCCAUGGCACCGAACCAGAUCUGAGUUCUUAAAAGAAAGCCAUCAUGUACAUAAUGGAUUUCCUCUCUGAUCGGAUACCAGCGCUUCAGAAAGUGCUAUACUCUUUAAGGACCUUUAGAUUUUAUUUUUUUUUUUGUUUUUUCCACAACUGGAAUCAUGCCACAAGUGCCAAGACAACUUUUAUGAAUCAAAAGAAGAAAAUAUUUAUAAAUCUUCCAUUGUUGAAAACAUGGCUAUGAUUGUUAAUAAAGAUAUCAAUAUAGAGUAGAAGUUAAACCAUUCUGAUGUCUUCUUUUCUAAUUUUUUUUUCUUCAUAAGUGGUUGUUGUUAGUAGUAGAGUAGUGUUGAACCUGCACAUGUUUUCCACUGAAAGCUCUUACUGUAUUUGACUGAAACUAGCUUGGUUUAAACAGGGUAUAAAUGACUAUGUCAUCUAGUGUUUUUGUUUAAUUAUUUACUGAAAAUUGCAAAUAAUCAACUCCUUCAGACUAUUUUUUGAUACUGAAACGCUGUCAGCUGUUGGGUAGCAUUUAAGGUACUUCUCUUAAAGCAGGGCUACAAAAGCUGUUUUACAUUUAAAGCAGUUGGAUGGCUUGUUUGAACAAAGCACACCCAGAUUAGCUGCGAGCCUACUGAGCUUUAUGUUACAAGACAUAAACUGCAAAAGAAGACUCUUGGCUGGAUUACCUGACUCAACAUAAACUGUAUACCUUUCCCAAUGCAAGCAUGUACUGUUGCAUCAUUUUUUUUAGACCAAAAUUAGACCAAAGUGGAGAGUGAGGUCACCUCUGAACAAAUUCACGUUACUUUGAUGACUUUGACUAGUCCCAGUACGGAUUAAAAAGAGUGUAACGGCCCAAUAGUUGAACAUGAUAAGGUGUUAAAGUGGACAAUCAGAAAAAUAAAUAAAGAAGCAAACGGUUUUUAUUACAAAAUAAUAUUUUAUGUGCAGCCUCAUUGUGGCAAAAAAAAAUUGAAUUCACAGCAGAAUGUGUGGCAUGCAGAAAAGAAAAAAGAAAUUUGAGAGGAAUGUUUGAUUCUUCACCCUUUAUGUCUCCAAGUCCUCCAUUCAUGGUGUGGGUGGAGACUCAAAAUGCCAUUUCAGGCUACAAAUAACCAUGGGGAGACUGAAACCUGAAGGUAAUGAGCUGAUGAGCUAGAUGUGAAACUUGGCGUAACGAGGGUUAGUUCUUGUUUUUACUUUAAUUUUACUCUAAUUUUUUUCUUUUCACAACUUGCUUCAUCCAAAAAGAGCAUGUCAUUCUUCUGGACUUAUUUAUUUUUUCGAAAUAUCAUGUUUAUUUUAGCAUCAUUUUAUUUUUGUUGUGUUUUUUUUUUUUUUUUUU